CGGCGGGAGCGCGCAUGGGGAGAAGAGACGGGGUGGAGAAUGACCGGAGGAUGGCGGCUCUCUGGAGGGGACAUUUAGACGGUUGUAUCACGGAUUGUUCUGUUUUCACACCGGAUAUGUUGUAGUGUGUAACCCUCCUCCUACCGAGAGUCUCAUCGAUGUUCUUUAAGACCACAAGAUGCCCCGGGACAACAAAACCCCCCUCAUCCAGAGGAUAGCGACCCAAGCCCACCGCACGUUCAGCGGCUCGGACCCGGCGGCGUGCGGCGGGGAGGAGGAGGACUUCUCCCAGAAGCAUAGCGAGCUCGAGGCGCUUAUGACGGCACUCAGGGCAGCGGACCUGAAGCUCGCACCAAGGAGCGGAGCGGCGGGAUCCAACCCGGACGCCGCCAACCCGCCGGUCACGUACAUGCACAUCUGUGAGACGGACGCGUUCAGCAUGGGGGUGUUUACGCUGAGCAGCGGCGCGUCCAUCCCUCUUCACGACCACCCCAGCAUGCAUGGGAUGCUGAAAGUGCUUUACGGCAAGGUGAGCAUCCGGUGUUUCGACAAGCUGGAUCAGGGCGCGAGCGCGACCGAGCCGCCAGUAUUCGCCCCCCCGCUGGCCUCACGCCAGAGGGGCUCCCUGCGGCGCGCCCGGCUGCGUUCGGUGGGCGAGUACUCCGAGGGCAGCGGGCCGUGCCUGCUCACCCCGCUGCGGGACAACCUGCACCAGAUCGACGCGCUAGACGGACCAGCCGCCUUCCUCGACAUCCUCGCGCCGCCGUACGACUCUGAUGACGGGCGGGACUGUCACUACUACCGGGUGCUGAGCAGGCAUGGGGCUGAGCAGCAGGACGGGCCGGAGGAGAAGGAGCAGGACCAGAACCAGGAGCAGGACCAGAACCAGAACCAGGAGCAGGACCAGGAGAAGGAGACGGAGACGUGGCUCCUGGAGAUACCGCAGCCCGAGGACUUCUGGUGCGGCGGGGAAUCGUACCCAGGCCCAACCGUUUCUGUGCAGAAAAUAAAUAUUAAGUGAUGUAAAACUUUGAGAAAGUAGUAUCGAGCAAUUGCCUGAAAACCACGAAGUUGCCUGCGUUUUCACCGACCUAAUCACAAUGGACACUUGAAAAGCGAAACCCUGAGAGCUGAUGUUGCGGAGAAAUGCUCUUCUAUGAACAUAUCAAGAUGUUGGGAACUCAAUGUGUGGCCUUUCUGAUAGCAUCUAAUAUCUUUGUAUUUGAAUGCUUCAAUACCUUUCCAAAUAUACUGAGAUGUUUUAUUACCAGAGUUAAAAGUGACCUUUUUUCUGCCUAAUUUAAUUCAAUAUAUUCCUGUACAGCUCCAUUAUGUCUUGGAUUCAAGUGUGCAUGACAACUUUAUUUCACAUCGAGGACUUUUUAUUUGAUAGCCAUGAAAUGCUACACUUUAUGAUGACUGUUCUAAUGUUAAAUUACACAGUUAGUAUUGUGGAAAUGUACAAUCUUAAUCAAAUGCAUAACUUAAAAGUUUAAUAUGAGACCAAUGCAGAAUGUUUAUAAUAAUCACUAUUUCUGCUGUUAGAGAUAUAACUCCCUAAAUCUGAUGGCAAACGUUCAACUAUAUCUUGGAUGUGCUACAUUAUAUUCAUUAUAUCUUGUAUGCAUUUUUUAAUCUUUAUUAUUUUGAGAUCUAUUGCAUUAAUAUGCAGAAUUAUGAUGUAAUAUUUCUCAUUAAAGUCAGGUUCAAUAAUAAUAGAAUGCAACACUGUUAAUAACAUUGGCCUAUAUGCAGCUUGGUAUUGAUCUUUUUGCAAUUGUAAAAAAUAAGUAGUAAAAAAAAGAAGCAGAGCUUGGAGUAAUUCAGAAAGUGAGAUUUGAUUUGCAACGCCGUUCCCAUUGUUUGCUAAUUGUAUCACUGGGCCCCAACUUCAACCAUGCUCCUAUUAGCUGCAGGUUACGCCCUUUCACAGACUGAGCAAACAAGAACAUGACCAAUGGGGUUCCAAUACUAGCACGAUGAUACUACAUAUUUAACACAUGAAUAAUAACAAGUGACCUUAAAUGACAUGGUAACGGGUGAUGUGCGCUAGUCCAAAAGCUCCAUUUGAGUAUUUAUCUUCGCUGUGCUGUCGCUCGUUGGCUGUGUUUGUACUAGAGAAAUCUCUGGAUUCCAAACCAUUUUUGAAUUUCAAUGUAUCUACAUUCAAGUACUCACUUUUUAUCAUGAGACAAUCGCUGAACAGUCUCAGUUAGCAUCAGGAGGGUUUACCAGAGAGCCCUCUUGAUAUGCACAGACCUUUACAGUUUAAGUUUGGACCAUAUCCAUGGUUUCACCAACUCUGAGAACCGUGCCUACCAUUUCAGAAUAAUGCCACACGUCUUGUUUAAAGAUCCCCUAUCAUGCUUUUUUAGGAUUAAUAAUUGAAUUUGGGGGUACU